UUGAAUCUUGAUGAAGAGCUGAUUUUUCGCCAGUGUCGGGCACGAGGUAAAUGGCUGGUAUUUAAGCGGAGUCCGGGGGGUGGAAAAGGUUGCUUAUUUUUCGCGGAUUCCGAGGCGCGAAUCUGCGGCGUCAGGAAACGGGCAUUAGGCCUCAGGCUCUACCGGGGAGUGCGCGCGCAGCCUGGGGACGACGGCCACGUCGGAGCAAACAGCGAGAUGGGUCUGUGGUUUUCCACUUUGUUUUCCGGCUUGUUUGGGUCACGGGAAAUGAGAAUAUUAAUCCUGGGUCUGGAUGGAGCAGGCAAGACCACAAUUCUCUACAAACUGCAAGUUGGUGAAGUUGUCACCACCAUUCCCACAAUUGGCUUCAAUGUUGAAACAGUAACCUACAAGAACCUUAAGUUUCAAGUGUGGGAUUUGGGUGGACAGACCAGUAUUCGGCCUUACUGGCGCUGUUAUUACUCCAACACCGAUGCUGUCAUCUAUGUAGUAGACAGUUGUGACAGGGACAGAAUGGGAAUCUCCAAGUCAGAACUUGUUGCCAUGUUGGAGGAGGAGGAACUGAAGAAGGCUGUUUUAGUUGUUUUUGCAAAUAAGCAGGAUAUGGAGCAGGCUAUGACUCCCACAGAUGUGGCCAAUUCACUUGGUUUGCCAGCAAUGAAGGAUCGGAAGUGGCAGAUAUUCAAGACCUCUGCAACCAAAGGUUAUGGACUGGACGAGGCAAUGGACUGGUUGGUUGAAGCCUUGAAGUGUAGACAGUAAAAACAGCUGACUUUCUUUCUACUGCAAGAGAUGCAACAGCUACAGCCACUGUUCCCAGCACCUCCUGAGGUCUUAUUAUACAAGAGCCACUUGUUCUCAGCGUGCUCCAUUUUACUCCAGAUUUUGUUUUUGCAUUCUCUUUAUUUAUGUGGGUGUUUUUGUUUUUGGCAAUAAAUUAACACUUUUAAUUAAGAGACUAGUUAAACUGUUAACUUCACUUUCUGGCUGCAGUGAACCUUAUCUUUUAGUUGCUUCCAUUUAACUUUGAUUAUACAAACACUAAACAUUCCUUUCUUCACAUGGAAGCAUAUUCUUGGGUGUGAGUUAUGCUUUGCCUGAGUAAUGCCUUUUAAGGUUUCUGAAUCUAGCUUUAAUAUAAAAGUGGGCUGUUAGAUUCUUGGCUUUUGAGCUAAUUGUAUUUAAAGUUGAUUUAGAAUGGGGUAAGAAAUUCUGAUAUGUUUCCUUUUUAAGCCAGUGGCUUGAGUUCAUUCUGUAAAUACUUUUGUCUUUGUACAAAGCUACUGAUUCACUCACUGGUCAUUCUAUUCAGGAACUUGUGGAAAAGUUUUUAGGAACUGAAUUCUGAGAAGCAGAAUGGGGGGGGGGAGGUGAAAUGACUGACUAUGGAAAGAAGCCAUUCAGCCCAUUAUGCCUAUGCUGGCUCUUUUGGACAUGGCCAAGAGAUGGGUGGCAUGCACUAAUAUUGGUGAACUAAUAAUCCAGAGAUGAGGAUUCAGUUCCAUUUAUGGCAACUGCUGGAAUUUACACUUUAAUUCUGUGAUAGAAAGCUAGUCUUGUAAAGCUUAAUGUGAAGUUAGCAUUGUUGCAAAACCCUGUCCCUGUCUGGUUCGCAGAAGGAAAUCUACCAUCCUUGCAUGGUCUGGCCAGUAUUGCUGUGAGUCAGGAGUUUGUGUUAACUCUUCACUGUCUUUGAAAUGGUCAGGGCAAGUCACUCCUUUUUUUUUGAGCAAUUGGUGAUGGACAACAAAUGAUGGCCUUGUCACAUCCCAUGGAAAAUUAACCACCACGCCCCCACCCCAGCUCUUUCUCUAUGACCCUGCACACUUCCCAAUUUGUCAACUAUUGACUUGAAGUUCCAAGUUUGUUUCUGUGCUUAGGUAAGAUGUAGUACAGAAACCUUUUAUUUGAUUCAAUGUCAAGAUGACAAAUUUAUUCACCACAUCUAGCCUGCAUUGGCAAGGGUUUAGAUUUCUCUCUCCCUCGCUAAUUCCUGGCUUUUGAUUUUUGGGGACUCCCCCACUCUGAGCCCCACAUUCCUGAGAUUUAAAGGAGCUUCUUAUGGACAUAAGAAUUAGCAGGAGUAGGUCGCUCACUCCUUGGGACUGUUCCUCCAUUCAGGUAAGGUCAUGGCUGAUUUGAUAAUUCUGCAUUCCCACCUCCCAGUGAUGACCUUUUUACCCCAACUCUGCUCACCAAGAAUCUCUCUACUGCUGUCCUCAAUAUCAGAAGACUGCUUUUACUAGCUACGAGGAAGAUUUCCAAAGGUGCUUAACCACCUCUGACCUUUGAGGAAAUGUUGAGCAAGUUAGGUCCAUACCUAUUAUAGCUCAGAAGAAUGAGGUGAUCUUACUGAAAGAAACUUCCUGAAGAUGCAGGGGUAGGGAUAUACCCCAGAGAUUAUGUCUGCUUGUGCAAGAGACUAAAGGAGGGCAGGGGGUGGUUUCUAAGUUUAAGAAAGUGAGGUCUACCUUUAAGGCAGGUAUAAAUAUUUCUUCUUGUAAAGAUUGCUACCCUGUACCAUUCUCUUCCUCCAGUGGAAAGUGGGUCUUCAAGUUUAUUCAAAAGUGAUUUUCGAGAUUUUUGUUGUCAUGAGUUCUGGGAGCGGGUAGAUGGGAAAAUGGAGUGACAAUCUCAACCCAGAUAAGCCAUGAUCGUUUGGAAUGGUGGAACAGGCUCAAAGGGCUGAACCACCUACUCCUGCCAAGAUCUAAUGGCUAUGAUCAAAGUACCCUGUUGUUUGAUUACUAAAAAGAAACUAAUUCCUGAGCCAUGAAACACCUUAUUCACCUAUGGCUUUGGUACCUGUCACAAGCUUUUUCAUCUCUUUUGGCUACAGCUUGAAAGGAUUUUAUUUUUUAAGGGGUUAGAAUGAAGGGGGUCAUCCUCAGAUCCUGCUUGCAAGGGGACUUUUUAAAAUAAUUACAGCAACACCAGUCUCAUUCCUACAAUUGGAAUAAGCAUGGUAGGAUGCUGACAGUCAACACUUGUAUCACCCCAAGCUGAUACAGGAACUCACUGACUUAAUGUUGGCUCCUCUCCAACAUUGCUACCAAUUUAAAAUUUGCCCCCUUGUUUUUUUAAGUCUCUCCCAGUAAUCCAUUUAUAUAAAACUUUUGUUCUACAACCUUCUGCAAUCUGUGCUCUGCUGCUUUGUACACAACCAGCUCUACCAUUUGGUCACUGUAACAUCAGCUCCUUGGGCCUAAUUCUGGAAAUCCCUCUCUGAAAUCUCCUGGCCUUUCUCCUUCCACAGUUCUGAAACCCACAACUGGGCCAAUGUUUUGCUGUGUUGUAGGAACUGAGUAGCAAAACAGUUAUUAAAAGCAUCACAAUUUCCCAGACUGCUUCAAUUAUUCCAUCACUGUUCAUCAACAUUUUUUCAAUUCUUCAAUUUUACUUUUAAAAAUGAAUUAAAACUAUUUCUGAUACUGGUGAGAGCUAUCAUGUCUUGUUGUCUGUGACCUGUGUAAAUAACUGUUGGUUCUGGUUUCCCCAGACUGUACCUUCUUUCAAAAAAAAAUCAUUUUGUUUUCUUUGGUCUAAGUGAUUAUAAUAAAGCUGAUUUUUAAAAACUA